AUUUUUCUUUAAUUUUUUUUUUCCUGUGUUUGUUAUUGUGUUUUUGUGUGUUUUGAGCUUCAUUUUUGCAGCAAUGGAGGUGGGUUUGUGCUUCCCUGGAGAGAUGAGGUCUGUCUUGGAAGCUAUGGUGGUUGAGUCUGUUCUCGCCGCUGGGAACUCCCUUGCUCUGCUUCUCAUGACGAUUGGUUCACUGUUGAAUGGCGUCAACGUGUCAUCAAAACUAACGGCAAUUGAUGGAAGGUUUCCUUUUGAAGAACUUCACAAAUUGAAACGGCCUGUUCAAGAAAACAAAGAUUUUAGUGAGACGGAGGAUGACGACGACGACGACGACGAAGACGACGCUAAUGAUCCUGUUGACGACGGAGGUGAUGAGGACUUCUCGGGUGAAGAAGGGGAGGAAGAAGCGGAUCCUGAGGAUGAUCCCGAAGCCAACGGUGAUGGAAGUGAUGAUGAUGAUGAGGAUGAGGAUGAUGAUGAUGGCGAUGAGGAUGAGGAUGAGGAGGGAGAGGAUGAGGAGGAAGAUGAGGAUGAGGAUGAGGAUGAAGAGACUCCCCAGCCACCCUCAAAAAAGAGGAAGUGAGAAUCCUAGUAAUUGUAGCGUUGGAAAUUAAUCUGUUAGCUUGCAUAGGGUAGAAAAGUAUUUCCUUCUGAAUGAACUCGUAGUAGUGAUUAGCUGUUAUAUAGCGUCAUCUCUGAGGAAUUAAUGAACUGGUUCGGUUGUUUUUCUGUUUAUCAAGUGUUAGGCUCAUCUUUCUGUUAGGGGUUGUUUGUGAGUGCAUCUCAAAAAUGAUUUAUUCAUUUGCUAGGAGAAGAAACAAUUUUUUAUCCCUAAAUCAUAUUUAUGU